GGCUUUCUCUGAGUUUUCUGCAUCUUUGCAUGCAAGAAAUAUAAUGAAAGAUGGUCCCUAUGCUCCAGCAACAGCUGCAGCAUGUGCACUCAUUGUUUUCUUGUGGGUUUUGCACAGAUUUAGCGUGCAAAGGAAGAAUACAUUGGGAUUCAGAUUGCCCCCGGGGCCGUUUGCAUGGCCCAUUAUUGGAAAUCUGAACCAGCUGAAAAGGCUUCCUCAUCGUGAUCUUCAUGAACUUGGUAAGAAAUAUGGGCCCAUUAUGAUGUUGAAAUUGGGCUCUGUUCGCACUGUUGUGGUUUCUUCUUCUCCCAUGGCCAAGGAGUUCUUGAAAACCCAAGAUAAUGUUUUUGCCAGUCGACCUCGUACUGCUGCAGGAAAAUACAUUGCCUAUAAUUUCAAGGAUCUGAUUUUUGCACCUUAUGGGGCCUAUUGGAGACACAUGAGAAAGCUGUGCGUGGUAGAAUUGCUGAAUACCAAAAGGAUCCAGUCCUUCAGUUGUGUACGAGAGGAAGAAAUACUUUUGGCUACUCGUUCAGUGUGGGAGAUGUCUGGGCAGGGUAGAAAGCUUGUUAAUCUCACCAACAUGAUUUCAUCGUUUGUGCAGGCAGUCAUGUGGCGAAUCCUUUCCGGAAGAACAAUUUCUUUUCAUUGUGACACUAAUAGCGAAGAGAUAAAGAAGAUGGGUAAAGAGGUUUCAGCCACAGUAGGAGCUGUCAAUAUCGGGGAUUUCAUUCCUUACUUAGACUGGUUAGACUUGCAAGGAGUGAACCGGCGCAUGAAAAAGGUACACAACUCCUUCGACCAAGUGAUAAGGAAAAUAAUAGAGGAGCACCAGCAGCGCAGGAGAGAGUUCCACAAGGAGUCUGCUACUAAGGACAUAAUUGACGUGCUCUUGGAAAUAGGAAAACUCAAUGGAAGGGAAAUCACAGAGGAAAACAUUAAAGCCAUUGUUUUUGAUAUUUUCAUCGGUGGAAUUGAGACGACGUCUACUUCGAUAGAUUGGGCAAUGAGUGCGAUUCUUAAAAACCCUGGUGUGGCCAAGAAAAUGCAAGAGGAAAUCGAUUCAGUGGUAGGCAGGGAGAGGACUGUAAGUGAGCGUGAUGUAGCAAGCAUGGAGUACGUGCAGUGUGUGGUGAAGGAGACGCUGAGGUUAUAUCCAGCGGCACCGUUGCUGCUUCCACAUGAAUCCAUACAAGAUUGCACAAUUGGUGGAUUCUUCAUUCCUGAGAGAAACAGGCUUAUUGUCAAUGCUUGGGCUAUUGGAAGAGAUCCAUCGUUGUGGGAAGAUCCUCUGGCAUUCAAGCCAGAGAGAUUUAUGGGUAAAAAUGUUGAUAUUGUGAGAGACAGAGACUAUUUUGAUAUACUGCCGUUUGGUGCAGGAAGGAGGGGAUGCCCAGGGGCAGCCAUGGCCGUUGUGACCAUGAACCUUCUCUUAGCUCAGUUCAUUCACUGUUUUGAGUGGAGCGUGGAGGGGGAUUUGGAUAUGACGGAAGUCUUUGGAUCCACCACGCCCAGGAGUGUGGAACUUCUCGCUCGUCCUUCCUUGAGGCUAUCCACAUGCCCUUAAUUUUAAAGCUAUAUUUCCCAUCUUCUGCUAAGAAGAUGACGUUUUUUAUAUGCUCAUAUAAGCUCUUUCUUUCCUCUACUCAAUCACUCCUAUAGUUUAUAUUCGUGAUAUUAUUUGU